AUGCUUCCUCCAAUGCCACCCAUGCAACAGCAGCAGUCACAGCUGCAAUCAAAUAAUCAAAGCAGCUAUCCGGGCUAUAUUUGCACUCAGGCUGCUCCUGAUCCCACGUUACCAUCAAAAAAUCAUUCCACUAAUGGCCAGCCUUUUUCCCCCUCAUCAUACGGAAACUCUAGUGAUGCCGCCUUAGCAAAUCAGGUGGGUGCUCUGAGCUUGAGCCACUCAGGCAGCACAUACGCAGGUAGUAGUGCGGCACCGCCCCAGCAAAACCUGUUGAACAAUUAUCCUUCACCAUUGACAUACAACAGUAGUCUUCAGUCCGUGUCUCCGACUGCGGUUGGUUCUGCGAUACCGCAGACAGUGAUGGAGAAUUCCCCUUCAAUGCCGUUACCAUCGGCCUCCCUACAGCCUCAGUACCUAGCACCACAUUAUGGUCAACCAGUACAGUCUACGCCCAUACAAUCACAACCAUUGUAUCGAGGCGGGUAUCCGCCUGUGGGAAUGAUGCCACCAACACCACCAGCUCCCCAGCCCACUAUGCCUCAGAAAGCGCAAUCGGCCCGUGCGAUGGCAGAUAGUAUGCCGAAUGCCAUUGAGGUGAUCGAGAAUGACCGAGCUCAACGCGGUGCCCUCUCAGGAGUGGUCUUUCAGACUGGCACGACGGGCGUGGCCCCACCUCUCUCCACUACCGACUUCUUAUGUCGCGACGAGGGCAAUUGUAACCCCCGUUUUGUACGCUCCUCCCUCUACAACGUGCCAACGACCGCGGAUCUUCAGAAGCAGGUCGGUUUGCCCUUUGUCCUCAGUAUUCAGCCCUUCGCACGUCUUCAUCCAGAUGACCAACCCCUCGUUCUUACCGACAUGGGUCCACAGGGUCCUGUCCGUUGCUCACGCUGCAAGGCAUACAUGUGUCCCUUCUUCGUGUUCAUCGAUGGAGGGCGUCGCUUUCAAUGCAGCCUCUGUGGAGCGUCCACGGCAGUAGCACAGGAAUACUUUGCCCACCUGGAUCAUACAGGCCGUCGAAUUGAUGCCUUCCAACGACCAGAGCUCUGUCUUGGCUCCUAUGAGGUAGUUGCCACGGCAGAGUACUGUCGAGACAGCACUCUGCCUUUGCCGCCGGUUUACAUCUUUUUGCUGGACGUGUCAGUCACCUCAAUGAGAUCGGGAUUAGUCAACCUCUUCUGCUCCCGCUUCAUCACCGACAUCCUCCCGCAUCUGCCGAGGGACAAGCAAGAUAUAGCCACUGGUGCAGCAACGGCAAACAGUACGACACCAAUCUCCAUUGGCUUCAUAACUUACGAUAGCCAGUUACACUUCUACAACCUUGUUCGGGUAAAUUCGACUGAUGGCAAUUCAGUGGCUCUACCAAAGGCGCACAUGAAUGUGGUGGCGGACACUGCUGACGUUUUUGUUCCUUCCCUGGAGGGUUUUAUAGUGGAACCCAAUGCAGCCACCUUAACUCAUUUGCUUAGCACUAUUCCAGGUCAGUUCGCACAGCUGCAGAAUGCUGCUGCCAGUGCCAAUCUCCCAACGCCGGAACCGAUCCUUGGGCCUGCGGUGCAAGCUGGUCUGGAAGUUCUAAAAGCGGCAAAUCGGUGCGGAAAACUAUUCAUCAUGCACUCAUCGCUGCCUACUGCAGACGCACCGGGAAAGCUGAAAUUCAGAGAGGAUAGGCAUCUCAUUGGCACGGAUAAGGAGAAGACUCUACUUCAACCGGCCACCGACUAUUACACUAAAUUGGGAAAGGACUGUGUGGAAGCAGGCGCCAGCGUUGAUCUGUUCCUUUUCCCUAACUCCUUUAUUGAUGUUGCAACCAUCAGUGAGGUGCCUAAGCUCACUUCAGGCAACCUUUUUAAAUAUUCAUACUUCCAGGCCGAUCUUCAAGGCGAACAGUUUAUUGCAGACCUGCGAAAUGCCGUAGCGUUGCCAGAGGCCUUCAAUGCAGUUAUGCGAGUUCGCACCAGCACAGGAACGCGACCCUUUGAGACGCUGGGAAACGUUAAUCUACCCAACACAACAGAUGUAGAAUUUGCUACAUUGGAUGCCAACCAGACGGUGGCAUGUGAGAUUAAAUAUGACGAUAAGCUCAGUGAGAACGACCUCGUCUUCAUUCAGGUAGCAGUACUUUACACCUCGGUUGGUGGACACCGUCGCUUACGCAUUCACAACCUCUCCCUGAACACCUCGUCAACGCCUGCAGAUAUCUUCCGUCUUGCUGAUUUAGACACCCUCCUCACAUGGCAUGCGAGGCUAGCGGUACAACGUGCUCCAGUCAGUCGCUCUCCCUCUGCUGCUCUGACAGAGGUCACUGCCGCGGUAGCCACAGCACUCGCUGGCUACCGCCAUCUCUGCACCAACUCGGGUGGCGGUGGGCCGGGUGGUGUUGGUGCCAGCCCUGGGGAAUUGGUGCUGCCCGAGACCAUCAAAUUGAUGCCGCUCUACGUUCAGUGUUUGGUUAAAACGGAUGCUAUUAGAUCAGCAAAAAACACCUCCAUCGAUGAUCGUGCCUACCUCCUUUUCCUGCUGAACGCAAUGAGUCCCAAGGCGACAAAUAACUUUAUCUACCCACGAAUUCACCCUCUUCAUGAGGUCGAUCCAGCAAAGGCUGGCACUGAGUUGCCCACGCCGAUUCGUUGUUCCUAUGAGCGCCUGGAUCCAGCAGGUGUUUACUUCAUCGAGAAUGGCGUCUACGCCUUUCUAUGGUGCGGUCUUCAGGUUAAUCCUGUGUGGAUUCAGCGGGUCUUUGGUGUUACCGAUGUCCACGUUCUGGAACCUGAUAAGGCUACUUUGACCGAGUUGGACAAUCCCCUCUCAAAGUGCAUUUGUCGCAUGGUGCUUCCAGUGCUUUCUCAGUUCACCCAUUUUCCUCGGUUACGCGUCAUUCGUCAAAACGAACUAUCCGAAUCCUGGAUUCGACGUCUCAUGUAUGAGGAUCGUGACGAUUGCGGGAAUGCCACUUACGUGGAAUACCUCUGUCACGUCCACAAGGAGGUUCGGGCCCUUCUCAAGUAG